AUGACAUGCAAGUGCACAACUGGUUUGUUAUUCCUGGUUGUUGAAGUUAGAGACGACGAAAGCCAUCUGUGGCAUCGUCAAAAACAAGUCUCGGCGUGUGCGCACAGCACCUACGGGGAACUAUUGGAUCAAGCUUAUACUAAUAUUGCUUAUAGUUAUGCAGGUCCGGUACCGAUCUCUACAACAAUCGGUGUGACCCACGAGUACCCUCAGCUAGAUACUACUGGUAGAAUACAUCCUCCUGUGCAUGUCAGAGUUGCCAACAGUGAAAUACAAAGAAAUGACCUAGAAUUAGAGAAAAUGGUACCAAUUCGCACUGAGGAAUUUGGAAAAG